UGGCAGCGAGGGCGAUAGCGGUAACGAUCGUUCCAAAAUCUCGAUCGCAGUCCAGGGUUGGAGUCUGAUUGGAGAGCUCAUGAUCAUGGGGCUUGUGGAUCUGGUCACAGGGAGGAGGGGUCCGAGCGGCUUUGGAUCCUCCUCCACUGCCGAGGAUGUCACCAACGGAAUCGACGCCAGCAAUCUCACUAUCCUCAUCACGGGUGGCGCUAGCGGCAUUGGGGCCGAGGCAUCUCGUGUUCUUGCGAUGCGCGGCGCCAGGGUUGUGAUCGCCGCCAGGAAUCUCACCGCGGCGAGCGAGGUGAAGAAUGCGAUCUUGGCGGAAUAUCCCAAGGCCAGAAUAGAAUGUUUGAAGAUCGAUCUCAGCUCUUUGUCGUCGGUGAGGAGCUUUGCGGCGGAGUUCUUGGCCACGAAGCUGCCGCUCAACAUUCUCAUAAACAAUGCGGGAAUUAUGAUGAUUCCUUACGAGCUCUCUCCCGACGGCAUUGAAAUGCAAUUCGCUACAAACCAUCUGGGCCAUUUUCUUCUCACAAACUUGCUCCUGGACAAAAUGAAGGAGACCGCCAAGGAAAGUGGCAUCCAGGGAAGAAUUGUCAAUCUCUCGUCCAUCGCGCACAUCGCCUCUUACAGCGGUGGAAUCCAGUUCUCACACCUUAAUGACAAAGCCUGGUACUCCGACACUAGAGCAUACAGUCAAUCCAAGCUCGCGAACAUCCUCCACGCCAAAGAACUGGCAAUGAGAUUCAAGGCCGAAGGAGUUGACAUCACAGCCAAUGCUGUUCAUCCAGGGUUUAUAAUGACGCCUUUGAUGCGGCACACAUUCUACAUAAUGAGGGUUCUCAAGUUCUUCUCCAGCUUCCUUUGGAAAAAUGUGCCGCAGGGCGCUGCUACGACGUGCUACGCGGCUCUACAUCCAAGCCUCAAGGACGUCACCGGACAAUACUUCGUGGAUUCCAACAAAUCGAACUGUAGCGCUUAUGGCAGAGAUCCCGAGCUCGCUCACAAGCUAUGGACCUUCUCCCAGGAGCUUAUAGACAAGCAUUCUCCUUCCUAAAGGCAAAAGGCUGAUGGUGCUAGAGAGCGAGCGAGCGAGCAAACGAGGACAACUCGACAGUGGUUUGUGGAUAGACUGUAUUUACUCUUCUCGAAAGCUCGAGCUCGAGCUUGAUCAAAAGUAAGACGCGUUGCCUACA